AGUGUUAAAUAUCACAUCUGCGCAUGUGGAGAUAAAACCUUUAGGUUGUCACACCGCAGGAAUGCAACACUCCAAUUACGCAAUACGCAGGAUUGUGUUUCCUCCACAAAACUGACAUACCCUUGUUUUAUCUGUACAGAGGGACAGAGAGACACAAAACAAAGCAGCCAGAGGGGAGGGAGGAGGGCAAGAGAUGUUUUGACUCCCAAAGGAGAAAGAAAGUGUAUUUUGUGGAUAACGGGCCGUGUGUUUGUGUGGAUCUGUGGGUGUGUGGUUGUGCGUCAGAGGGAGGUGUGUUGUGGUACGAUCAGCUGUGGCGAGAUGUGGACAGUCAGUCCGGCUCUGUUGCAGCGGGGGCCACAUUACACCGGCUUCUCCUGAGUUGUACUUCUCUUCAAAGCUCAAAUACAGAUCCGACUAUGAGCCCACAGAGGAAACAGGAGACGCCUAAAAAAUGACAGAACGACUGAUGGCUUCUACUGAAAGGAGCCUACGUAUCCAGGCUGAUGACAACCUGAAGUCCAUGAUCGUCGGCACAGUGAUGAGAAAAAUCAAGUCUCGCACAUGGAAAAAGCAGCGUUAUUUCCGGCUACAAGAAGACUGCAUGACUAUCUGGUACAAGAGCAAGAAGGCUGGAAAUGCCCACUCCACCUUUUCUGUUGGUGAUGUGGAGGCCGUGCGGGAAGGGCACCAAUCUGAGGUUCUGCUUAGCAUUGCUGACGAGUUCCCACCUGACCGCUGCUUCACCCUUGUGUUUCGUGGUCGACGGGGCAACUUAGACCUAGUGGCCGAAUCAGCAGAGGAGGCACAAUCAUGGAUAAAAGGGAUACGCAAACUCAUCGAUAACCUGGAGAACAUGGGGCAGAGAGAGAAACUAGACCAAUGGAUCUGUGAUUGGUUCAAAAAGGCAGACAAAAACAGAGAUGGGCGGAUGAACUUUAAGGAGGUCAGAGAUCUGUUGAAGAUGAUGAACGUGGACAUGAAUGAGCAUCACGCUCUCCGUCUCUUUACGAUGGCAGACAAGUCUCAGUCAGGUACUCUUGAAGACGAUGAGUUUGUGCUGUUCUAUAAGAUGCUGACUCAGCGUGAAGAUGUCCUGCGAGUGUUUCAGGAAUAUUCAAGUGAUGGACAAAAGCUAAUGCUCCAAGAUCUGAAAGAUUUCCUGCGGGAGGAGCAGCUACACGAGGAUGAAGUUCAGCAGUAUGCACUCAAUCUCAUUGAACGCUAUGAACCUUCAGACACGGCAAAAAUGUUGCAAGCAAUGACAUUUGAUGGAUUCCUGAUGUACCUGAGCUCAUCAGAGGGCUCCAUCUUCAACCCUACCAUGGUGGAACUUUACCAGGACAUGACUCAGCCUCUCUGUCAUUACUUCAUAUCAUCUUCUCAUAACACAUACCUUCUGGAGGACCAAAUCAGAGGACAUAGUAGCGUGGAAGGCUAUAUACGAGCACUAAAACGUGGCUGUCGAUGUGUAGAAGUGGACUGCUGGGAUGGACCAAAUGGAGAACCAAUUGUCUACCAUGGACACACAUUGACCUCCAAGAUCUUCUUCAAGGAUGUAGUCACUGUGCUGAGCAACUAUGCCUUUAAAGCAUCGCAGUACCCUGUCAUCCUGUCCAUUGAGAACCACUGCAGUGUAGAGCAGCAGAAAGUCAUGGCCCAACACCUCACCCAGAUCCUGGGAGACAAGCUGCUGAAAAGCACUUUAGAUGGAAAGAUUCCCAUCGGCCUCCCGUCCCCCGAGGAUCUGAAAGGGAAGAUUCUGUUGAAAGGAAAGAAGAUAGGAGGAUUAGAGGAUAGCAUGAAUGGAGUGGUGGAUGACCCUUUGACAGGAGAGGUGAGCGACGAAGAGGAGACUGCUGAAAUUGAUGAUGACCAUCAUCGUAACGACAGCAUACGGCAUAGAGGCAAGAAAUCCAAGCAGCGUCUAUCUAAAGAGCUGUCCGACUGUGUGGUUUACUGCAAGAGUGUCCACUUUAGCGGCUUUAAACAUUCACGAAUUCACUCCAAGUUUUACGAGAUCUCCUCCUUCACGGAGUCUAAGGCCCGGAAACACAUAAGGGAGGCAGGAGCGGAGUUCGUUCUCCAUAACGCUCGUCAGUUGAGCCGGGUUUACCCCAGUGGUUUGAGAACUGACUCAUCCAACUUCAACCCACAGGACAUGUGGAACGCAGGGUGCCAAAUUGUUGCUCUGAACUUUCAGACCGCAGGGGUUGAGAUGGAUCUAAAUGACGGCUUAUUCAGUCAGAAUGGGCAUUGUGGCUACGUACUGAAACCAGCGUUUAUGCGCAACAUUGACGAGAGGUUUGACCCAGAAAACCCCCAAAACCGAGAUGGUUACAAUCCGCUUAGCCUGUCUAUACAGGUCAUCAGCGGGCAACAGCUUCCCAAGGUAAACAUCAAGGAGGGCUCAAUUGUUGAUCCCCUCGUUCGGGUGGAAAUUCAUGGCGUACAGCUGGACCAGGCCAAGCAGGAAACCAGAUACAUUGACAACAACGGUUUCAACCCGGUAUGGUACGACACACUUCAGUUCACCGUUCACGCCCCUGAGUUGGCGCUGGUUCGGUUUGUCGUGGAAGACUAUGAUAAAACAUCAAAGAACGACUUUGUGGGACAGUUCACUCUCCCUUUCACCUGUAUUCAACAAGGAUAUCGUCACAUCCAUCUCCUGUCUAAGGACGGCACCAGCAUACCUCCUUCCUCGCUUUUUGUUCACAUCCGGAUAACUAAACUAACGUAAAACAAAGAGACUGAAUUUAAUGGUGUCUUACAUUGACACGUGCACAAAAGGAGCAACAAUUUCAAGUCUUCCCAGUCAACACUUGUUUGCAGAAUGCUGACAUCAUAUUUAUACUUAUUAUAAUAAUUUAGAAAAUGAAUUCAAAUGUAACAAUUCACACUUUUAAGGUAAAGUUGUGUUGCUAUAGAUUUAGUUAAUUUAUACGCCAAAUAAUUUUAUAGUCAUUUUAUUUACUUUAAACGUUUGUUAUUAAGAUUUGUGUGAUUGUAGGGAGCUGUCUAAGUUCAACUUCAAUGAGAUACAUGUCCAGGUUGUAUUUUAACCUCAAAAUCAAAAGAAAAAACAACAAGAUAAUGAAGCCUAUUUUGGUUUGUAUUAAGGACUAAAAUGUAGUUGCUAAAUUUAGUUAGUCAAUGACCCAGAUAUUUCAAAUGAGAUUCCCCCGCUGUUAGUGUUACCAUGCAUGGUGAGUCUUUAUCUUGCUUUGUGUAUUUUAGAUAUAUUUUAACAGAAAAGGUUUUGUUUCUUAGUCAUACCACUCCAUUUCAGUAGUACUUACAGUGGUGUGUGUGUUAACUGCUCUUUUGGAAUAAAGUACAGAGAUAAUGGGCACAAGGGUUCAAUUACAAUCUUCCUUUGGCCCUGAAGUACCUCAGGGGCCAGACUCAGUUACACAGAGAUACAGAAGGCAGUGAAAAUUACCCCGUUUGUUCCCACCUCCACCUACCUGGAUACAGUAUACUACUGUAUACAUUUCAAAAUACAUAUACUCUUGAAUGCAUCACCUUUCACCUAUGUAUAAGAGAAAUUAAAGUAGAUUAUUCUGAAUAAUGUCAAGUCAUUUGUUAAAUCAAAUGUAUGCUGCUGGACUAAUAGUGUUAAUUUUUGUAUUUCUAAGCUUUGUAUGAGGCGAAUCUAUAUACUGUUUUUGUAACAUUGCUCAGUAACUAACUGUAAACUGUCUGUUUUGCUUGUAUAUAUGUAUGUAUGUAUUUAUUUGCCAUAUUCAUCAAAGAAUAAAGAUAAUUUUAAAAGGA